GAACUACAUUUCCCAUGAAGCUCUGGGAGCAGAGGGCCGCGGGGUCUGCCGGGAAAGGCUUACGAGCUUAAGCCAAGCGUUAAGGGGCGAGUAUGGCCGUUCCGCGAGUAUUCCCACUUUCCUGUGCGGUGCAGCAGUAUGCCUGGGGGAAGAUGGGUUCUAACAGCGAAGUGGCGCGGCUGCUGGCCAGCAGUGACCCACUGGCCCAGAUCGCAGAGGACAAGCCCUAUGCAGAGUUGUGGAUGGGGACUCACCCCCGAGGGGAUGCCAAGAUCCUUGACAACCGCAUCUCACAGAAAACCCUUGGACAGUGGAUUGCUGAGAACCAGGACAGCUUGGGCUCAAAGGUCAAGGACACCUUUAAUGGCAACCUGCCCUUCCUCUUCAAAGUGCUCUCAGUCGAAACAGCCCUGUCCAUCCAGGCACACCCCAACAAGGAGCUGGCAGAGAAGCUACACCUCCAGGCUCCACAGCACUACCCCGAUGCCAACCAUAAGCCAGAGAUGGCCAUUGCCCUCACCCCCUUCCAGGGCUUGUGUGGCUUCCGGCCUGUUGAGGAGAUUGUAACCUUUCUGAAGAAGGUACCCGAGUUCCAGGUCCUGAUUGGAGGUGAUGCAGCAACACACCUGAAGCAGAGCAUGAGCCAUGACUCCCAGGCUGUGGCCUCUGCUCUGAAGAGCUGUUUCUCCCACCUGAUGAAGAGUGAGAAGAAGGUGGUAGUGGAACAGCUCAACCUGUUGGUGAAGCGGAUCUCGCAGCAAGUGGCUGCCGGAAACAACAUGGAGGACAUCUCUGGGGAGCUUUUGAUGCAGCUGCACCAGCAGUACCCAGGUGAUAUCGGCUGCUUUGCCAUCUACUUCCUGAACCUGCUUACCCUGAAGCCUGGGGAGGCCAUGUUUCUGGAGGCCAAUGUGCCCCAUGCCUAUCUGAAAGGAGACUGCGUGGAGUGCAUGGCGUGUUCAGACAACACAGUGCGUGCUGGCCUGACACCCAAGUUCAUUGACGUGCCAACCCUGUGUGAAAUGCUCAGCUAUACCCCUAGCUCCAGCAAGGACAGGCUCUUUCUCCCAACACGGAGUCAGGAAGACCCCUACCUCUCAAUCUAUGACCCCCCUGUGCCAGACUUCACCAUUAUGAAGAUGGAGGUCCCUGGCUCCAUCACUGAAUACAAGGUCUUGCCACUGGACUCUGCCAGCAUCCUCCUGAUGGUACAGGGAACAGUGACAGCCAGCACACCAAUAGCCCAGACGCCAAUCCCUCUGCAGCGUGGCAGCGUGCUCUUCAUUGGGGCCAAUGAGAGCGUCUCACUGAAGCUUACUGAGCCGAAGAAUCUGCUGAUAUUCCGUGCCUGCUGUUUGCUGUAGAGGCCACAGCCUCCCUAGCUCUCCUCUGCCAGUCACCCUAAAUUCCAGCCAGCCUCACCUCCUCAGGCUCAGCUCAAGCCCCCUUUCUUGCUCUGGACCCCUUAGGUACACCCUGGAAGAGCUGGGGUGGUGGAGGGAGCCUGAAGGUAGUGACUCCCGACUACACCUGAGCCAGGCUCUUGCCAACUCUGCUCUAGCCUAUGGCUGCAGGCUAGCCGGCAAAAUCUGUGACCCAGCAUUAGCUCAGCAUCUGUCAGAGCAAGAGGUCAGGUAAUUUCCAAGAACAGUGUUCUUACCCUGGGACUACCCAUUUCCUCAGCUGCAGAGGAGGGAAGGGAAAGGGCAGUCCUGUGGACUAACAUUGUUUACACCCUCUUGUUCUGUCAAAGCAAUUAAAAGUCACUUGUGUUGAGGCUGUGGGGUAAUGAG